AGCGCCUCUCAGCCGAACGCACGCUGACGUUAAAAACGAUUGAAAUAACUAGCCUGAAAACGAUUUAGAUUGUCUUCUUGCGUUGCAGUAACGGCAACGAGAGAGAACAUUUCCAGACUGACGAGCACGCGGAACCUUUUUGACUAAUCAGCGUUUUAUCUUGCUGACUACAUUAUGUCGGUUACGGAGAUGUUCACUUAUAUCCAGGGCUUUUUAAGCGCGGAUCAAGACGUGAGAGAGGACAUAAGAAAAGUAGUCCAAGUCCUCGAACAGACUGCAAGGGAAAUCUUGACUGUGCUUCAGAGUGUUCACCAACCAAGCGGUUUCAAAGACAUUCCUAGCAAAUGCCAAAGGGCACGCGAGCUCUUCUGCACUGUAAGAACGCACAUGGGAGAUUUGAAAACAAAGUUUCCGGCAGAACAGUAUUACCGGUUUCACGAGCAUUGGCGUUUCGUGCUUCAGCGAUUGGCAUUCCUGGCUGCUUUCGUAGUCUACUUGGAGAGUGAAUCCCUGGUGACUCGAGAGGAGGUUGCCAAGAUCAUUGGAAUUGAAACAGUCAGAGAGAAAGGAUUUCACCUGGACAUCGAGGAUUAUCUGGCAGGUGUUCUGAUCAUGGCAAGUGAACUGUCUCGCCUGGCCGUGAACAGCGUGACGGCCGGUGACUACGGCCGCCCCCUGCGCAUCUCCAACUUCAUCAACGAGCUGGACUCGGGCUUCCGCCUGCUCAACCUGAAGAACGACCCGCUGCGCAAGCGCUACGACGGCCUCAAGUACGACGUGAAGAAGAUCGAGGAGGUGGUCUACGACCUCUCCAUCCGGGGGCUGGCCAAGGAGCAGGAGGCCGGAGGAGACAAAUAGAGCGGGGGAGGAGU